ACCAGACAGCAUCUUACCAAUAAAAGUGAUCCUACAUCAGGCGGUUUCAUUAGCCAAAAUGAUCCUACAGGAGGCUCCCCUAUCACUAAAAAUGAUACUGCAAAGAUUGCCUGGAUAAUGCUGGGAGUUUCCGUGGCUCUUGCUGCUGUGGUGGUGGGGAUAAUUGUCUGCCGUAAGAGAGCAAAGAGGCAUGAUAAACGGUAUUUCAUUCAAAAGAUAAUAUCACUCAAAUUUAGAAUAUUAUUCUUUGUUGCUGAAUUGUUCCAUGAUAAAGUGUCUGGGCAUGUCUAUCUGGUGUCGUACUCACUCCCAAGCCACAAGUGACCUUUCUUACAGGCCAAGGCAGUGUAACUUUUGACUAAAUAGUAUCAACUAGGAAGCCGUCCCUGAUUUAAGCGUUACCACAAGCCCAUGAUUAAUUACGAGAAAUUUCACUAACAUUUAAUUUGCACUUUGAUCCAGUGAGUCUGACAUUGCUGAGUUUAUGUUGCUGGAAGUCCCUCACGAGCGGGUUACUAUCAUGGAGGAACUGGGACGAGGCGCUUUUGGAAGAGUUUAUAAGAGCGUGAUGAGGGGGCUAUCUGAAAAGAAAACAUCCUCGAAACCCAAGGAUCACAGUUUGGAUUCGCAUGAGGGACGUAUUGUUGCUACAAAAGUUCUACCAGGUGCGUGAAUGCAGAAUAUGGCAAAAAGAUAACUUAGUCUUUCACGGGAGUGAUUCUUAUUAAUAACAGGCAAGAGAGCCUCUCUUGUAACAGGUUUGAAUUAUUUAAUCCAAUAGAUAGCAAAUAUUAUAUCGUGGAAAACAGCAUCUCAAUGCCCCAGUCGGUAACAUUGUGAUGUACCUCAGAGGCCCAUUUUAGAUCCUUAAAUUUUUUUUUCUACUUAUAUUAAUUUAUGACCUCCCUGAAUGUUUGCAAUUUCCCACACGAUUUGCAAUGAAUAAAUUACUGUAGACAUAAAAACCUUCAGUGAGAUCAGAACAUUGAUAAGGCGUGCUCCAAGGUUAGUCGUGUUAUAAGUGGUCUCAGACAGGCUCGAGACUAUGUCACAUUAUUUAAAUGUACUAAAAAGUAUAUAGCGCUUAUAAACCAAUGCCCGUGUUCAAGCGAAAACCGAGCGGGCACCUUUUAACAAAACCAAACAGAUAUAAAAAAUGCAAAACAGAGCAGGCUGCAUGAUCACUUCUCAGGGCUGUGACAUCAUAACAGAUUAUUUUUUUAAACCAAUUCAAAAUGUUAGUGCAUGCCUUCGUAAUGUGUAGAUUGGUCGUUCUCUCAGGGGCACCCAACUUCAAUUUUCGGAAAUUAUCUGUUCGGAAGAUGAUUUGAGAUCUAGAAUUUUCGGAACAUUUGUUGUAAAAUUUCCUGCUUACCUGCCUCUCCUAGGAUUUUUCAACUUUUAAAGAAUGGUAUAAUUGCCCAUUUUUAACGCAUUUUUCCCUAAAAAGGUCACCUAGAAUUUUCGGGAGCCUUUUUCCUGGUUUAAAUUUUCGAAAAGGUAACUUUUGAUCCCUAUAAUUUUCGAUUCACUAGUCAAGGCUCUCAGCUAGGAAAUCCGGACAGAUGAAAUAUUUUUAAGAGAUAAAAAUAUGCCUAUAUCUACUGUUUAAAUACUAAAUACGCUUAACAAUGCUAUGUUUGAACUAUAUCCUCGUUGGGUGCCCCUGGUUCUCUUAUGUAAUCUUUCGAAAUACGUUAUUUACAUGUUUCAAUCAUCACUUGAGAACUUUAUCUGAUCGUAUGUGGUUGCAAAUAUGACCAGGUUAUUGCUUUACUACAUUCAUUUGGCUUCCCUUGGAGCACGAGUAGCGGAAUUUUAAAUUAUGUAUGUCCCUUCCAUAUUCAUCAUUUGUUUCAAACUUAAAAAACUGUUAGGAGUUCACGAUCAUCAACCAUGAACUUAUUAAUUAAUGGCACUCAGAUCAAGGCUAAAAUUUUAUCUGGCGAUCAUGCUUUUUCGUUUUGUGUCCCUAAACUUUGCAAUAAUUCUCCAUAGCACAUAGAGUGUAAAAUGGAGUUUGAAUAUUCGUUCUUCUAAGAGCAAUCUUAAUAAAAGCUUUAAAAACCUCUAAGCGUUAUUUUUAUUUCGUAGUUUUGUUUAACAAUUUUUUUUUUAUUUUUUAAAGUUACGAGUUACUGCUUUCUUGUCGUUUAAGUUGAAAACAUUUAUUGUAAAGCGCCUUAGAGCUUGAUGAUGAUAAUGAUGACGAUGACAAUGAGCCGAAAAUCCUUCAUGAAACCAAUCUACAAAAGCAUACUGGGAUGUCCCUGUCUAUGCAGAGUCAAUGGAAGUGAGCCAAUUGGAUAGAUACGUUAGGAUUACAAAUGUACACUCAAGGAACUCAAGGAAAGUCAUAUUAUUGGAGAUGAAGAGCCCCUGGGUCGAGAAUAGGGAAGCAAUUAAAGAACACAAAACGUGGCGUCUAGAAUUAAAGAAACAAGUUUCCGGACUAAAAGAUCAUCCAGUAUUACAUCAUGUUACAUGUCGUGCUUGGUGAUCGCUAGAUGAAGAGAACUAACGGUUUUUCUUUCAGACUUUGUUUUAUCUACGUCACUUAACUUAGGGAACCAAUUAUUUAACAAAUAGAUUUUUUCUCAAGCAGAAAUUAGGACCUGAGCCAUUGACUGUGUUUUAUUUUCAUAGGUUAAGUGUACUUUCAUUUUAAUUAGUUCUUUUUAUCUUUACAUCUGGUUUUAGUUGUUUAGUACUAACUGAUAUCGUGUAGCAUUUACGUUGGUCACGGUUACUGGAUUUUUUUCAAUGUCUUUCUUUUUCUUCAGAAAAUGCCACGGAGGAGGAAAAACGGCAGUUAGUUCGGGAAAUUGAGCUGAUGAAGGAAGUCGGAACACACCGUAAUAUUGUGAGCAUGCUCGGGUACUGGAUCCAAUCACAUCCCAUCAUGUUAAUCAUGGAAUAUGUUCCAAACGGAGAUCUUCUUCAGUGGCUCAGAAACAAAAGGCAACAUGUACAGGUAUCAUUACUUUAUCAGCUGUGUCAAUAAAAAUUUGCUGCCCUCUUUUUUGCCCUUUGUUUAAAAAAUACCUGCUCUCCAUUCGCAAUAGUGCUGCGCACAGGUAUUAUUUAUAGAACUCAAACUCAGACAAACAAAUUCCUUAUUUCUGUUUGUUUUUUUGCCAUUAAAAUGUCAAGUUUCUCUGACUUUUGUCAUAAAAAAAAAAAAAAAAUGGCAGAUUUCAGAGAAACAUUGCAAAGUAGUCACUCUGACGUCAUUAGUAUUCUGUGCUGCACUUUAAUUUUCUAAUGAUCAUCCUGCUGCGUGUGUUUUUUUCUUACAUUGUGUGGUCUCUUAAGGAGCUUUAAGGCAGAAGGAAAAUCCUCUAUCUCAACACACGUCUAAGAACCAUCGUCUUCGUUAAAAAUAAUAAGAUGCUAACCAACUUGAUAUGAGAAUUUGUACAUGUUACCUAUAAUUUAAGUUCUCAAAGACAGAGGUUCACUUAAAAAUGUAGGUAUAAAUGCAACCGGACAUUUGUAUUUUCCCAAACGCGGUUUAUACAGGCAGACUGUUUAGAUGCUAUUCAUGUAUUCCUUAAACAAAGAUCGGUAAAUACACAAAAAUAUGUGUUCAUAAAGUCAGUAAAGUUAAGCUUGCCCCGGUAGGAUCAGUUAAGGUUUCCGGGAAACUGCCCACCUAUCCCUCCCCUAAGCCACAUUUUACCUAAGUGAGAUGGUGGUGUUGAUGUUUUCUUUGGGGAGGAGUAGGUUGUGAGAAACGUUUUCAGCGUUUCCCCCAGGGGGUAAUCCCACCCGAUAGGAUGAGGAUCUCCAUCCUUAAAUAUGGUAUCCUUGUUGCCCUUAUUGGCGCAGUGUUGCCGAUAGGGUACCGUUAUUCUAUCAGGUAAAAUUCACAUUCGUUAAUGCCCAACACACGAGAAACAAAUCAUAGAUCUGUUAGAACUGAACUUUACCCUUGAGCUGAUUAUAUUAGGAGCGCGAUUUAAGGAAGUUUUUUUCUGUUUCCAUUAAUUCUUAAGUUUUGUUUUUCUUAAACUUGGCCUCAUUUUCCACGUUUGGGUCUUGAAUAGGAUAUUGAUUUUCGCUUGUCUCAACUAUUCGAAAUUUUUUAGAGAACCCCCAGGUGGGCGUUAACCUUUUCUGGUCAGAAUGAAUCACAGGAUUACUAAUAGUGGAGCUACGCUAUUGUUUGAGCAUGGUAACAAGACAAGAAUAGUUUACUUCAACGAACGCAUUUCAUUCUGGUAAUUUACUUAUUGUUUUAACAUUUUCUCAUGUAUUCACCGUAGUUGAGCUCCGACAUUUGAUAAACCGUUCUUGAUUCGAGCUGACAAAGGGCUUCCACUCAAAAUGCCCGUCAGCUUUUCGAUCCACGGUCUUUCAUUGGUGGCAAGAUGAGUUAUUCAAAUCAGUUGAUAACAUCAGAGUUUUUCUUUUUACCCUCCGACCGACGUAGUAGAAAAGUUUCUUUAAAAAAAAAACCAUCAAAAUAUUUUGGUGGAGAUAAUGAUUGUCCUUCCCGUAAGCCCUGUACGAGAUAUGACGUCACAAGUGGCAUUAGGUCAAACCUAAUAUCAAGAAGCACACGUCGCGUUUUUGGGACUGUGUUUCUUAAAAUGUCAUAGAAAAUUGUAACAAAGCAGAAGAAAAGCUUUGUUUCUAUUGCAGUUUAAUCCAUUUGAAUUUUCCGUGGACGAUUUAAAGAAAGUUGGCCCAUAAGGUAUUCCCGGCUGGAUUUUUAGUUUAACGUCGGUUAAGUAAUCUUUCAAUUCACAUGGAUUCCUUUUAAAUGGGUAAAAAUAUUUCGGCUAACCAACUGAUAGUGUUGAAAUUGUUUCUGCUGACAAAACUGUUUCAUGAUCAGACGGAAUUCAUUUCAAUAUUUUUUGCAGCUUACAAUGAAAAAGAGUCAGCAAAGAGAUGUCGUUGAAAGGCUUAAACCUCCUGUUCCUGAGAGGCCGAAAUUGGUGUCCAGGAACCUGCAAACAAAAGAUUUCCCGGAUGAAAACCUGAAAGAGGAGAACAGGGGAAAAAAGAAUGAAGAAAGUGGAAAAGACGGUGGUUAUCAUUCCAACGGGGCGAAGGAAAUUGAAAUCGACCUGGACGACGUUGAAAGAGGAAUUCCAAUCAACGAUGCUCCUCGACCUGAGAUGGAACCUUCUUGCUUAAACCCGGGUUACGAAGAUGACAAGGAGGAAGAAGAAAGUGACGAUGUCAACCCGUCAUUUCAACAAAAUGAAGGGCGAAAGGAGUCGGUUACGUCGGUGAUGGUGUUACCUUCGAUCAGUAUUGCCCAUUUCUCCAAAGAAAAAGAGCUUACUCCCGCUGAGCCUUUAAGAAACGUCGAAGAAAAGAUUACCAUCGAGAAAGAAGAAGGCAGCUGUGAGGGCAAGGAAGAUGAUGAAGAAGACAUUUCUGGGAAAGAAGUUCUAUGUUAUGCGUGGCAGAUUGCUAAAGGGAUGGUAAGAACUUUUUCGACUGAAGAAUGUCUUUUGCAAUUUAAUUAUCGUUUGCAAAUCGCAAAAAUAUGCCUCUUCCCCGUAUUUAAAAUACUUUACUACUAGUUUUUCUGUGUCUGCAAGUAUUAUGCUAUCCGGUCAUGAGACGACAGAUUUUUCAAGCAUUCAAAUUGCUGCGUUAAUUAUAACAGACCAUCAGUAGGGCUAACUACUAUCUUGCUGAAUUUUUCGUGAAACAUAGCACACAUAAAAUUGAACCGUUUGAUUUUAAAAAAGGUCAAAAACGAGGUUUUUUUUAAUAGCCCGAGAAGCCUAAAAAUCACAUGGAGCCGUCGCGAAGGUACCUAUUGAAAAAUCAGGUCUGUUCGUAUUUUCGAAAAGGUGUCCAAUGAAUACAGCCAUAUGACCUGAAUAAGGCUAAACUAUCUGUUAUUCAAUUUGAAUCGUACAUACAAGCCUGACAUUCAGAGACGUUGCCAGCUUUUUGGCUAGUUGUAGGCAUGGCUGACUUUCAUUUCCACAUAUCCUGAAAAUUGUACGCAUGACCAGCACGCACUGACCUCACCAACAAUUUGAGCUCUUGUGCUUUUUCAGCUGACUCCAACAACGCAUAAUUUGUUACAAGCCGUAGAGUGAUCAAACCAAAAAUUUGAAGGCCCGGGCCUACAGGGCUGUGCGCUGGCUACGCCCCUGAGAAAAGAAGGGAAGUAGAGGAAAGAAAAAGUAAUGAUUAAAUUUGUUUUCGGGACUGGAAGACUGAGCAGCAAGGACUUUCUAGUUAAAUACUCCCGUAAUCUGAAUCUUGGAAAGCACAAUAAACGGUCUGCAAGUGGAACUGAUGAUUGAAGCUAAGGGAUUGCUUUUUGUAAACGGCAACCAUGAUGGUAUUUGCUAACUAUUGUAAGCUCAAUUGAUAUACCGUAAAAUUCCGAAAAUAAGCCCCGGGGCUUAUAUUUUUUAAAGGCCUUUUUGAGGGGCUUAUUUUUGGAGGGGCUCAUCUAUGGAGGGAAAUUUGUGUUUCAAAAUCGAUUGGGCUAGCCUUAUAGUUGGAAGGAAAUUUCCAAGUACAAGCUUCCCGGGGGGCUUAUAUUUGGAGGGGCGAUUUAACGGAGGGUUUUUUGGGUUACGAGUUUGGGGGGCUUAUAUUUGGAGGGGCUUAUACAUGGAGGGGCUUAUUUUCGGAAUUUUACGGUAUCUUCUGGCUCAGCUGUAUAUUUGGCUUUUGGGUUUAGCGAAUAACACCCUCCCGGUGAUCCGCAUAACUCUGCCUCAUCCAAUAAUUGCUGUUUAUUCAUUGGUAUGAAUGAACCUUUUUUAACGAAAAAAUCUAAUUUCUAAAUGGAUAAUGUUCACUGAGGGUAUGCCGUUUUGGGUGACUUCGAUAGUAACAACCAAUAGUUUUUUUUUCUUUUUCGGGCGUGGCAGUCUAAGGAGGGCUUUAUUCCACUCACCUUAAGUCUCCAUGAAAAACAGCAUUUAAUUAAGUGUCAACAGGUGUCAACGGGUUUUCUUCCGCGGUUGAAAUCUUAACUGAAAACCUUAUUUUUGAGCCAAUAUUCAUCUCUUCGAGUUAUCGAGGGUAAAAUUGCAUGAAAGUGAUCUGAAGGGAAAGAAAAAUUACUUCGAGUUAGCGGGAGUUUCGAGUUAUAGAGGGUUCGAGUUACCGAGGAUAAAUUACAGUAAAGGAAAUCAGGCGAAAUGGAUUCUGGUUCGAGGUAGCACAAGGUUCGAGUUAGCGAGGGUUCGAGCUGGAGUCGACUGUAGUUCACUUAGCUUGUUCAACUUUCACGGCUUUUUGUGCUGAAAAGUAUACGUCGCGGGGAUUUCUUGGCCAAUUCCUCAAUUUGUUUCUUGUUUUCCAACAGCUGUGACGGAAAUCCUCCCUCUAUUCUUCACGAAUAGACCGACCAUCACUUCCUCCCGCUUUCCAGACCGUUUGCCAGGCACAGCGUGCAGUAGCCUGUUCCAGGCUCUCGAUAGUAGGGGUGGCACUGGCAAAAAUAAGGCAAAAAAGCGUAAGGUACCGGCAAAAAUAUAAAAGCGUGAUCUAGGAAAAAGGGGCGGUGGCGGGCUACCUUUGAGCCUGGAACAGACGUUUCAUUGCACUUGGUUGCUUUUCCGCCAAAUCGUUAAAUCGGGAGUUCGUUUACAACGAUAUCCCGAUUAAACUGCUAUCCCCCUGCCAUAUCGUAAAAUCGAGCUUCGAUUUUAAUUUCAUAUUGGAAAUUUUUUUUUGAUCUAAAGGUAUCUGGUAACUAAAAAUUCUUUGAGAAAUAAUGUCGUUAUUUCUCUGCCAGGAAUACUUGGCCAGCAAAGGAUUCAUUCAUCGUGACCUGGCAGCCCGUAAUAUCCUACUUGGUGAGGACAGAGCGGUGAAGAUUGCUGAUUUUGGUUUGUUACGCCACGCAAAUGAGAGUGAAAUAUACGAAGUUACGAGCGUACACAAGCUACCAAUGAAAUGGAUGGCACCUGAAGCGUUGGAAAGCGGCAUUUUUACUUUCAAGACUGACGUGUGAGUAUAUGUUAACGAGGUCACAGUUAGGCCAAGCAUAGGCUUCCUGUGAUGCAGUGUGAAGUUGAGGUUUUAGAUAACAAAGACCCUGCAAUGUACUGUUUAGAACUGUCUGAAAAGAAAGAGCACAAUUUUGAUCAUGACACUGUCUACAGUAGCGGUUAUCACUCUAUCUCUAAAGAAAUACUCAAGUGUUUGGAAAACAUUAGCCUGUUCCAGGCGUGAAUCUUGAAAAUAAGAUAUGUAAACAGAAACUUUGAGCCAAUGAAGUUAAUCAGAGACCAUCUUGAAUCCUAGAUUCCAGGCUCCACAUCCCGCAUUCCAGAUACUAGAUUCCGGAUACCAACUCAGUGUAUUCCAGAUUUCAAAAGGCCUAGAUUCCAGAAUUUCAUAGUUAGCUGGAUUCCGGAUUCCAUAGUCCAUGACUCCAAGCAAAAAUUUCCUGGAUUACCAUCCAUGGGGCGAGAUAAACAAAAUUGAUAUUUCUAUGAAGUUAAUUCUUGCAAUUUCUUUAUCUGCUUCUUUUUAUUGCAGAUGGUCUUUUGGAGUUGUUUUGUGGGAACUAGCCACCAUGGGUAAGCUAGUUUUAUAAAUCUUUGUAUACUGAUGCUGGUAGAAUAAUACUCUAGUCAUUUUCCUAUACCCGAGGGAAUUGAGAGGAAUCCCAAAUGACAAUAAUCAGGGAAAAGCUGACUGUUCAGUUUUCGGAUAGCAGUCACGGGAGAAUCGAACCGCUUUAUAAAAGAAGCCAUUCUCGCAUAAUGUCGUGUUUUCUAAACAACUAGAAAAAAUAAUACGCUAACUUAAUAAUCCAGCCUAUAAGUCAUACCCUUAACAACAACUUGACCUGAGAUCACGUGUCACUUGGCGAAAUGAAUACUCAGUAAUGCUAAACUUGUACAUUACGUUAUUUUAAUCCCUCCUGGAGGUUGGUAAAUUGAUAAUUCAUGAUGGUCAUUGAACUGAGUGGAGAGCGAUUUGGUCUGAAAUCAUACAAUUGAUUUCGCGCGCGAGUUCGAUUUGAGAUCAGAAAUUUGAUUUAACACUAAUAUUGCACGACACGAAGUGAAAAAAUUACUUUAUUACAGCCAUUUUGAAAUCGCAGAAUUCAAUCCGUACCAGCAGUGAUUGGCCGUGGCACCAGACAAGUUAGCUCGUUAUCCCCCAUACUCAUUAACAUAUAUUCUGAAGCCAUGCUAAGAGAUUCUUUAAGUGGUGUGAAUGAAAGUAUUCGAGUGGGAGGUCAUCUCAUUAAGACAGUGCACUUUGCAGAUGAUCAAGCAACCUUAGCCAGUGCAGUUAAAGGUCUGCAACUUAUAAUGGGUAAAAUGCAGGAAAACGCGGGGGAAUAUGAUAUGAACAUCAAUGUUAAAUCAGUAAGAGGCCUGGUGAGGAAUUCACGAUCUUUCUUGAGGGUAAACAAUUAAGUCAAGAAUCGUCGCACUUUAAAGUUUCCAUCACAUAAUUUCUUUUAUGUUCUUAACUGAAGCUAUACCUUAUUGAAAUAACUUCUGCGAGAAAAAUUUGCGAUUUGAACAAAACGCAAUUUUUUUACCAAUGCUUGAAGUCUACAUUUUUGCGGUACACCAGCGCUGCUGAUCACGCAAACUAGCAGGCUCACAUAUGACGUCAUGUGACGUAAAUUAAGGAACUCGCAUUACCUUGCCUUCAUCAGCUGUACACAAGAAAGAUCAAUUACAAGUAAGGAUUGAAUCACAAUGUCUUCGCAACAAGAAAGUUUUUCUGACACAGACAAACCUACCAGAACGUUUAAUGUUUUCCUGUCGAUAAAGUCACGUGUUCCUUAAAAUACGUCAUAUGACGUCAUACUCCGAGAGAAGACUAAGACGAAUGGUGUGCCAAAAUGGCGGCAAAUUCGAACGUUUUUAAAAAAUUCGAAAAGAAUCGUCUUUGGUUCAAAUCGGAAAAUUUUUUCGCAGAAGUUAUUUUAAUAAGGUGUAGUUUCAGAUAAGAAAAUAAAAAAUUUUAGGUGAUGGGCACUUUAACUACUUUGGGAGCCUUAUUACACAGGAUGGAUCCUGUGAAAAAUAAAUUAGAUCGAGAAUAGCCCGAAAACGCGUUUACUAAAAAAAAGAACAGCUGACAAAAGCCUUCAGCGCGCUAGCCUUUGCCUGAAGAAAGACUGUCAUCUGGGGUACUUUUCUGAAUGGAGCCGAAUGAUAGACCUUAAAGAAAGAGGACGUGCGAAUGCUGGAGAGCUGUGGGAUGUGGCUUUGGAGAAAGGUUUUUUAACAUAACUUGGUCUGACAAAGUCUGUAACAAAGAAGUAUUGAGGCGUGUCGAUGAGAAGAGGGCCUCAUGUCUGUCAGAGAGUCUGGCUUCGUCAAACCUUACUACAUGGUGAUCAUGUCCCAUUAGUUACUGAGGGAAUUAAGAAUACCCGGAAAGAGACCACCUGGAAGAUGUCGAGCGGGAAUGCUGGAUAGAGUGAAGGAUGGCACCUCUUACGUAGUGGUCAAGAGGCGUGCCUUAGAUCGACAACCAUAAGGAAGGACUUGCCCAUGGGCAGAUCAAACAGCCUGUUGAAAAAAGGAAACAAAAGGGCUUUUACAUCUCAUUUUGUAUUCGAAACAGAAAUGAUGCGAUAUAAAGCGACGGUGCGACGGUGCGACGUAGUUUAAAACAUAUGUGAUUGUGUGAUUCGUAAAUAAAUCACACUGCUGAGAGCCAAUCAGAUUGCAGGGAUCACCAGCGAUUUCAAAAUAGAAAAUUAGAAAAGCCUGAUAAUGUUUAAUAAGACAGCAUUGAUCUUUAUUUUGUUAUUUUAGGGGGUACUCCAUACCCUGGGAUAAGCCCUAUGAGGCUAUGCAGUUUACUUAAAUCUGGAUAUCGGAUGGAGAAACCCAGCACGUGCAGCGAUGAAAUGUAAGUCAGAAUGGAAGUAAUAAAAGACGCGCGAAAAGAGGGUACGAUGAAGAAAUACUUUCAUAGUCCUUCAAACAGUUUUUUUUUUCUAAAAUUGUCAGCCUUUUCCAAGGAGUGGAAACUGCAGCGCGCCUCUUUCCUUUACGUUGCUCUAUUUUAAAAAGAGCCUAUAGAACAUAAGUGUCUUCAAUAUUCAAAGUAAACGGAGACAAAUCUUAAUAUAGUGGUAUUUUAAACUAUGGCUUCCUUUCUCAACAGAUACAAAUUGAUGAUGGACUGCUGGAAGGAGGAUCCAACUGAACGACCCUCAUUCGUUCAACUAGUACCGAUAUUGGAAGAGAUGAUGACAGAAGAUACCCCUUACUAUUAUUUCAGACUACUGGAUCAGAACCAGCCAUGUUACCGUGAGGCAUCCGCCAUUAACACCAGUAAAGCUAGCACUCUUGAUACGAAGCUGUAA